AUGAGGUCACUCUUCUUGCUACUGUUGCUGUGUGCAGUGGCAAGGUGCUCACGACUUGCCGAGGAUGAAGAACAGAUGCUAAUCCGUCACUUCACCAAAGAAGGAGAGAUCUCCACAAUGGACCAACUCCGCGAGACCAUCGGUCCGUUUCGCGACCCUCUCAACUUCUCUCACAUGAACUACUCGACAAUGACGGAUCACAUUCAUAACCUUCACAGAAAGUAUCCAAAUUUGACACAUAUCUACUCCGCGGGACAAUCGGUUCAGGGAAGAGAGUUAUGGGUUCUAGUGGUAUCAAGAUAUUCAAAAGAGCACAGAAAGUUGAUACCGGAAUUCAAAUAUGUGGCCAAUAUGCAUGGAAAUGAGGUGACUGGAAGAGUUUUCUUGAUCUCUCUUGCUGAAACAUUGCUUCAAAAUUACAACACAAAUCUCUGGAUCCGCCAACUUGUGGACAGUACUAGAAUCCACUUGAUGCCUUCGAUGAAUCCAGAUGGUUAUGAACACGCAUCUGAAGGGGAUCAAGCAGGAGUCACAGGACGUCAUAACGCCAAUGGAAAAGAUUUGAAUCGAAACUUCCCGAGUCGUUUUCCCAAUUACUUCCCAACAAGUGACAUUCAACCAGAAACAAUUGCAAUCAUGAAUUGGACCCGCCAGAUUCCAUUUGUGCUUUCUGCUAAUCUCCAUGGAGGUACAACUCUCGUCAACUACCCAUUCGACGACUACCCGACACGCACACGGCAGUCGCAUUAUGCUCCUUCACCCGAUAAUGCACUUUUUGUCCGGUUGGCUUACUCAUAUGCCAGGGGUCACGAGCGUAUGUGGAGAGAGGGACCAAGAUGUUUGGAUGACGACUUGAACAUAGCUGUCGAUCCGCAAAACGGGAUUAUUAAUGGAGCUGAUUGGUACAUUGUGUCUGGUGGAAUGCAAGACUGGAAUUAUCUGAACACUAAUUGUUUCGAGUUAACCGUCGAGAUGAAUUGCGAAAAAUUUCCGAAAACUGCAAAACUGAUCAAACUGUGGGGAGAGAACAAAUACGCACUUCUUCACUUCAUUUCAUUAGUUCAUGGUGCUAUCCAUGGACUCGUCGUAGAUGCUGAAACUGGAGAAGGUAUUGUCAAUGCAACCAUCAGCAUCGAUGAAAAGGCGAAGAUUGUUGUGAGCUAUGGAGAUGGAGAAUUCUGGAGACUGGCCAAUAUGGGAACUUACGACCUGACCUUUGACCACAGCGAUUACUACCCCGUUACUCGCACUGUCCAUGUCACUCCUCAAGACCGAUCGCCUUACAUUGAAGUCCGCCUCCAAAGAAUCAUUCCUAGAUCCAAGCCAACACUUAUCCCGGCCAGACCAACUAAACAACAGAGCAAAGACGAGUACAACGUGGAUAACUCAAAUAAUAAAGAUCUCCGUAUUGUGACAAUGUCCUCCAUCACCACUAAUAUUGCUUGGGAUCAGCUUAUCGAAGUGCAAGAAUCACAUUCAAGCACAAAAAGAAGCGUCACCAAGAAAUCUGUUUUUGUGGAUAGAAUUUUUCGAAACACUUUCCAAAAUUCGGUUGGACUACCACCAUGGUGUCAAUGCGAGCCAAUUGUACCAAGAUGCCCACCUGGUCCCCCAGGACCACCCGGCUGUAGAGGAGAAACUGGCAUGCCUGGUGAACCAGGAAGACGAGGAAUCAACAAUUACGAAACACUUCCCGCAAAGAAAUGUGUGUUCAGAGAGAGAUUAGCUUGUAUAAUGUGUCCAAGAGGGCCGCCAGGAAGACGAGGUCGUAUGGGAAUGGAUGGUGAACAAGGACUGCCUGGGAAAAGAGGACUACCUGGAUCUUUCUUAUUGAGCGCCAAAAAUUUGAGAGGAGCUCCAGGAGAGCCGGGAGAACCAGGAAGACCAGGAGCACCAGGAAAACCCGGACAAGAUGGUAAAGAUGGUCGAAAUGGCUAUAAACUAAAACCUGACAGAAUAAAUAGAGGUCCACCAGGACGAAUGGGUCCCAGAGGACCACCGGGAGACCGAGGAAUACCCGGAAAUCAUGGAUUGCCAGGUGCAAUGGGACCUCCUGGUUAUAGAGGUGAUAAUGGCCGACGAGGAGUCCCUGGACAACCUGGACGACCCGGAAGACAUGGAAAACCUGGAGGAGAUUCUUCAUAUUGCCCUUGUCCACCACGUUCUAUGAUGUUGGGAAGCUUCAACAAAAUCUAA